AUGGCUGAGGUCCUAGGAACCAUUUCGGCGGCCCUACAAGUAGCCGAGCUUGGGGGUCGUCUCUCAGUCAAGCUGUGCACUUUCGCGCACAAGUUCAAGAAUGCCGACAAGGCAUUACGAAGUUUAUCCAACGAUGUGGCACUCACUUGUAGUGUGCUUCGUCAAUUAGGCGACAGUAUGCGACAGGAUGAUAUGGUUUCUUUGUAUUCCCCCGACGCCUUCGCCACUGCACAGGACGUGUUAGAAGAAUGCAAGAAGGUUUUCAAGGACCUCGAGAAUGAGAUUGAGCAGCAGCGCCCAGAUGCUUCAUCCAAGUCUCGCAUGGAACGGGCAACUCGCAAAAUAUGGUUUUUGAUGAACGAGCCUCGUUUGGAUGCGGUGGCUGGAAAUUUGGAGCGACUGAAAUCGACCAUGCUUUUGAUGCUCAAUGUUGUCAUUUAUGCUGGACAGCUUCGCAGUCGACAUGAAGUGAAUCUAGCGCAAGAGCAGCGCGAACUUCUGCAAAUGCUAGCUGUGGAGAAGAUUGAAAGUGAAAGGAAAUUCGAGCAAUUGACCGCGUCAAUACAAGUUUUCACUUUGAAUAUUGAGAAUCAUGAAAAUGGGAUGCCAGCUCAAACACAAGAUUAUGAUAUAGCCAACGAUGAGCUUCAGCACUACUACGAUAUGAUAAAAGGUGUUCUAAAUACCAUAGAUACCGCAGAGCGUUAUUUGGAUAAAAGUCGCUACCGAAGACUGAAGGCUGGAUUCAGUGCCUUACAUGAAGAGGAAGCUGUACGACUCAAGGAAGCUUAUGGACCCAGAGCCUCUCAUCUUCUCUCUCAGUUGAAAAUAGCUCCGGCGCCCAACGAAGGUAGAACUAUUCAGGAGAUGCCUCAACCUCAAGGGCCGCCCUCGCGAGCAACACCAUCAGAAUUCCCCUCCAAAAAGAGGAAAAGCAAAUCGAGACAUCCUAUCAUGAGGACAACGCCAUCACUAAAGAACCAAACAGAGUCAUUGUAUCCGGAAAUGCCGACAAUGAUGGCUCAUAAACCUCGCAAAUCCGAAUACAACGAUCUAAGCAUUCCCGAUACUGCCUUCAAUCUCGACUUGGGUGAUUUGGAUAACCAAGACGCCCUGGAGAGUUUUGAUUUUGAUACCUUCCUCAACAAUGACAAAGACGAGACCGGGUUCGGCUUUGAUCCAAACAUGCCCUCGGGGCUCGACAUGAACUCGCUUGCGAUGCAAGCGAAGCAGAAAUGUGAUGUCAAAGAGUCGUCCGCAAUGGACGACACAUCCCCGGAAACCCAGAUGUCUGGAUAUUGCGCUGGACAACACUAG